AUGCACUUCCUCAAACUCCUCGCCCUCACCCUCUUCAUCACCCUCAACUUCUUCUUCAAAGACAAGCAACACUACCACACCCGCCCCGUCGGCGAGCAGCAGCGCUGCAUCGACUUUUGCUACCGCGCCGGCCGCUCAGACGUCCUGCACAUGAAGAUGGCGUGCGCUUCGUGCAUGGAACGCAUCCAUAACAGCGUCUGCUAUGACUGCGCUAAAGCACGGUAUCUGGCCUUGCCGUAUAAAGAUGAGUAUCAGCGGUGUUGGAGGUGCUACAAGUAUGCUGGGUGGAAUACUUGA